AUGAUGCACAUGACCUUCUACUGGAGCAGGAAGGUGACGCUGCUGCUCGAUUCAUGGCGGACGGAGACGUGGACGGGAUACACCGUCUCGCUCCUGGCCGUCUUCCUCUGCGCUGCCUUCUACCAGUACAUGGAGGACCGUCGGAUCCGCUUCAAGGCCAUCACCCUUCUGAAGCCCGCCCCUCUGCCCCACGCCUCGGUCGAGGCCCCCCUCCUCGGCAUCGUCUCCGUCCGCCGCGCCGCCGCCGUGAGGACCGCCGUCGCGGUCCUCUUCGGAGUCAACUCGGCGAUCGGAUACCUCCUGAUGCUCGCCAUCAUGUCCUUCAACGGCGGCGUGUUCAUCUCCGUCGUGGUGGGCCUCGCCAGCGGAUACCUCGCCUUCAGAAGCAGCGGGGAGGAGGAUCUCAUCGCCGUCGAGAACCCUUGCGCCUGCGCCUGA